ACACAUAACAAAGUGCAUAAACCAGCGGACAUUGAUAGAUGCUUCCCUCUGGUUUAUUCAAAACUAAGCAUUCAAUCGCCCGUUGUGGUUGACGAAAAAAAUUUUUGUAACAAAACCAACCACUCCCGGCCUAUAAAAAAUUUGAUUAGUUUUAGCAAACAGCAGCAAAAUGGCUGUAAAUGUAUUUUCGACGAAUGUGACAUCGGAAAAUCUGUCAAGGCAUGAUAUGUUGUUAUGGGUCAACGAUUGUUUAUCAGCUAGUUUCAGUAAAAUAGAAGAACUAUGUACGGGGGCUGCUUAUUGUCAAUUUAUGGACAUGUUAUUUCCUGGUUCUGUACCAUUAAAACGAGUGAAAUUCAAAACAAAUUUAGAACAUGAAUAUAUUCAAAAUUUUAAAGUUUUACAAGCUGGAUUUAAAAAAAUGGGUGUGGAAAAGAUAGUACCGAUUGAUAAAUUAGUAAAAGGUAGAUUUCAAGAUAACUUCGAAUUUUUACAAUGGUUUAAAAAAUUUUUCGACGCUAAUUACCAAGGUAACACUGGUUACGAUCCAGUUAUCUCCCGAGGUGGUGUUCAAUUAGGUAGCGGUGGUGCCAAUUGUCCCCGUGGUAAUUCUAAUGUACAUGCUCCACGUGCAUCAAAUACGUUCCGUCAAGAAGUCAAACCACCCGCUGCAAAAGCCAUGGCUAAAGUGCAACCAACACGUCCGGCUGUAAAACCAAUAUCUGGUGGCAACAGUGUGUCAAAUAGAGGAGAUAACGGAAAAGUAGAAGAAUUAACUCAUCAGGUUGGCUUAAUUGAAAUGAAAUUAAAUGUGGACGGGCUUGAGAAAGAGAGAGAUUUUUACUUUGGAAAAUUAAGAGAUAUUGAAGUGUUAUGCCAGGAAAACGAUAAUGAAAAAUUACCUAUUGUACAAAAGAUUCUUGAAGUACUGUAUGCGACUGAGGAAGGAUUUGUACCUCCAGAGGACGAAGUACCGCCUGCAGAAGAUGAAGAAUACUAAAUAUAGUUUUAUGUGCACACACAUCAUCAUCGUAAAGCUUAACAACAAGCUACAUACUAGCUUUUGCUGCAAAAAAAAGUCUAAAACUCUAAAACAAAAAAAAACAUGUUUCAUUUCUUUUAAAAAAAAACUAGAUUGCCUCCUAAAUUUUUUACUCCUUGCUCGGAAUCCAAAAUACAAAAACGAAACUUUUUGAAAUUUAAAAAAUGUGUUGUUAAAAUUAAUAUUAUUACAAUUUUUCAAUGUUAUUAUAAUUAUUAUAGUUCUGGCAUCUUGUUUUUACACUUGUGUGUCUGACCAUUAUCCUCCCAACUUUUCCUAUUACAUAUAUUA